AUGAUACGCAGCCUUCUCCUUGCCUCUCUAUCUGCUAUUAUGGUUGUCAGCAAAAGGGUUAAAUGUCCUCCAGGGACGUUAAGCGAAGGUCAAAUCAUCAGCGCUCUAUUCUCGAACUAUACGAAAAUGUUACCGGAAGGUGAUAGUGCUGUAGAGGUGCAAAUCGAAAUGCACAUUCAGGACAUGGGGUCACUGAACGAAAUCACUUCCGACUUUGAAAUCGACAUUCUCUUUACGCAGUUAUGGCGAGACGAAUCCUUGUCUUUUUCCCACAUGUUGGCCUGUAAGAGGAACAUUACGAUGGAAGCGCGCCUACUGCAGCGGAUAUGGACACCAAACACUUGUUUGAUCAACUCUAAGCGAACAAUGAUCCACGCUUCGCCGAGCGAAAACGUGAUGACAAUUCUUUAUGAGAACGGCACGCUGUGGAUCAAUCAUCGAUUAUCGGUGAAAACCCCAUGCAAUCUCGACCUUAGGCAGUUUCCCUUCGAUGUGCAAAGUUGCAUCCUUAUCCUGGAAUCUUACAGUCACAACGCAGAAGAGGUACAACUGCGAUGGAUGGAAGAAGCCGUAACUCUGAUGAAACCUAUACAAUUACCAGACUUUGAUUUAGUGAACUUUGAGACGAAGAAAGAAAACCUUCUUUACCCAAAUGGAUACUGGGACCAAUUACAGGUUGUAUUCACGUUCAAGCGUCGAUAUGGUUUCUACAUCAUCCAAGCGUACGUACCUACCUACUUGACAAUCAUUGUCUCGUGGGUAUCGUUCUGUAUGGAACCAAAAGCGUUGCCAGCUCGUACUACAGUUGGCAUCUCGUCGUUGCUUGCACUCACUUUCCAGGUUGUCAUUGUCGGAAUCAACGCGAUUGCGAAGAAGGACUUGAAUGAAGAUCCUAUGUACCAGGAAAAUGGUAUUAUUCAGCGAGGAAUCAUCGACGCCAUCAGCUUGCGUGGCCCAGGUCAACCCUUUAAACGCCUAAAGAGCAGCGGAAGAGGAAGACGAGGACUCUCAAACUUUGGUUCGAUACUGUCUACGGCUACGGAGAGGAUUGAUAGCACGGAAAAGAAGCUGCUCAGACGGUUGCUUGGCUACUUUCGCUCCAGUGUAUCUCACGAUGAAGGUCUCUACGCUCUACCCAGAAAUCGAAAUGGUGCACCAGCGGUGGCACGUUUCGGAAACAUACUGAAGAACCUUCCUCGCGUCUCUUAUGUGAAAGCGAUGGAUGUUUGGAUGUUAGGGUGCAUUUCGUUCGUUUUUGGCACCAUGGUCGAACUAGCUUUCGUUUGUUAUAUCAGCCGAUGUCAAAAUAGCGUUAGAAGUGCUGAGCGUCGCCGAGAGCGAGUUCGUACAUCACAAAUCUGGUCGAAUGGCUCAUGUAGAAGUCGGGUAGGACAUACUCACUCCAACGGCAAUAGUUCGCUCCAUUCACAAACAGCGAAUGGAUGCGCAGUGAAUCGAGGUACACUUUUGUCACGAGGGCCUCCAUCUACUCUUCAUCUUCACAUGACCACGUUUGAUUCGGAAACACCCUUGACGUUCGAACAGCUACCAAAUGAACCAGAGCGGCCAUUAAUGGAAGAGUUUCGAUCGCCAUCACCAUCUACGAAUGUCAGCUGCAUCGCGCGGUUUCAUCCUGAGGCGGUCGAUAAGUUCUCAAUCGUUGCAUUUCCGCUCGCUUUCACGUUGUUCAACUUGGUAUACUGGUGGCAUUACCUUUCACAGACCUUCGACUACAAGGUAUCGCAGAUAACUUCACAUUAG